CCUUCAUCUUUCAGUUCAUUCAUUCUGAACUAACUUCAUCUUUCAAUUCAUACUAUAACGCCGGCCCGACAGAUCAUCAUCAGAUAUAGAGUUAGUUUAUACAUAACUCUGUUCUGAUCAGAUCUUGGUGGCCUGGUUAUUAUUUUACACACAACUUAAAGAGUUUCAUCAUAUCAAUGGCUCUCUUGGGUGGUCACUUGGCUUUUACUUUUGGACUUCUUGGCAACAUAGUCUCCUUCAUUGUUUUCCUCUCUCCAAUGCCGACAUUCUAUAAGAUAUACAAGAAGAAAUCAGCAGACGGGUAUCAAUCGAUACCAUAUGUGAUCGCGCUCUUCAGCUCAAUGCUAUGGAUAUACUACGCCUUCCUGAAGUCGAACACCACCCUUCUCAUUACCAUAAACUCCUUCGGGUGUUUCAUCGAAACCAUUUACGUUAGCUUCUACAUCUACUACGCGAGCAAGGAAGCGAGGAUGCAGACAGUGAAGAUGAUUGUUUUGAUGGAGUUUGCAGGUUUCGGGGCGGUCGUCCUCGUCUCUCAGUUUCUCUUCCAAGGGGCGGUUCGUGCCCAAGUUGUCGGUUGGGUUUGCCUCGUUUUCUCCUUGUGUGUCUUCGUCGCCCCUUUGUGUAUUGUGAGGCAAGUAAUCAAGACAAAGAGCGUUGAGCAUAUGCCAAUUCUUUUAUCAGUUUUCUUAACAUUCAGCUCUGUCGUGUGGUUCUUCUAUGGUUUGCUUCUAAAAGACAUAAACAUAGCGGUGCCGAAUGUAUUGGGAUUUUUCUUUAGCAUUCUCCAAAUGGUUCUUUACAUGAUUUACAAAGGGAAGAGUGAGGACAUGAAGAAGCUUCCCCAGCAAGUAUCACUCCCACCGAAGUCGCCGGUGGUGCUAGUGCUGGAACCGGAGGAAAAGAAGCUGCAACGGCCGGAGCUGACAGAGGAACAACUCGUCGAUAUUGUGAAGCUCGGAGCUUUCCUUUGCUCCGAAAAGAUCCAUUUUGGGAAGAGUAACCCGGCCGAGGUAGAGAUUUCCAAGUUGGAUACAGACCCGGGACAGACGGCGGUCAACUAAAUACGGAUCAAGUAGUUAAAUUAAAGUCGAAUAUCCGACCCAAUUUACGAGCAUGAAUUGGGUCAUUUGCGUGCGUGCAUGCAUGCAGAUUCUGGCUAGCUAGCUAGCUGGUUCAAGUAGUUUGCGUAAAGUAAAUUUUACCUGUAGAUUUGUAUAUGUAACUUAAUUGCGUGCUUUUUCUACUUUUAUAUUAAUUUUCCCUGCAAACAAAUGGUGAUUUUUUUUUUACUUUUGAAUAUAUAAACGUACACCAAUGUCCUCUUUAUGAACUCAUUUUGAUUUUGUUACAUGUGUUUAUCCAUUACUACGGAGUAAAUUUUAGUGACUAAUACUUGUUCAAGAAAUUGCUACAAAUACGACUAA